AUGCGAUGCCUUUCCAUCUACGCAAACCUCAGCUCCGUCUUUCUGCUCGUUCAAAUUCCUUCAUUCAGUUACUUGCUCAGCAUCUCCACAACCAUCCCAGAAGAGGACUAUUUGGCUUUGAUGGAAUUAAACGGUCAAUUCCCUCUAUACGGUACCGUUUCAGUGCUCUGGGUAGCUCGGAAGAUCAGUUUGCUCCGCAACAGUAUCAACACGAAUUUGAACCAACAAUUAGAACUGAACGAGACCAAGACGUAUUUCCACAUUCUUGACAAGCAAAUCAAAUCGGAAAGAAAAAAUGAAUAA